AUGGAGCUGGGCUGUGCCAUGGCGGGCAGCGCCGCCGCCCCGCCGGGCCCCGGGCCCCCCGCCGCCGCCGGGGCCGGGCUGGCGGACAGCGAGGAGUACGAGAGCCUGCCCAGCGGCGUCGCGCUCGGCACGCACAUGGUGGCCGGGGCCGUGGCGGGGAUCAUGGAGCACACGAUCAUGUACCCUGUGGACUCGGUCAAGACCCGCAUGCAGAGCCUGCAGCCAGACCCCAAGGCGCAGUACCGGGGCGUGUACGAGGCUCUCAAGAGGAUGGUGCAGACCGAGGGCUUCUGGCGGCCCCUGCGCGGCAUCGACGUCACCGUGCUGGGGGCUGGCCCGGCCCACGCCUUGUACUUCGCCUGCUACGAGAAAAUGAAAAAGUCCCUCAGUGACGUUUUCCAGCCAGGAGGAAACAGCCACUUGGCCAAUGGCAUCGCCGGGAGUGUGGCCACGCUGCUCCACGACGCCGUGAUGAACCCUGCUGAGGUGGUGAAGCAGCGCCUGCAGAUGUUCAACUCCCCGUACACGUCGGUGCUGGGCUGCGUGCGGACGGUGCACAGGACCGAGGGCUUGGGAGCUUUCUACCGCAGCUACACCACGCAGCUGACCAUGAACGUGCCCUUCCAGGCCAUCCACUUCAUCACCUACGAGCUGAUGCAGGAGCACCUGAACCCCCACCGCCAGUACCAGCCCCAGUCGCACAUCGUGGCCGGCGCCGUGGCCGGGGCUGUGGCCGCCGCCGCCACCACGCCGCUGGACGUGUGCAAGACGCUGCUCAACACGCAGGAGAACACGGCCCUGAGCUCCCUCAAGAUCAGGGGGCACCUGUCGGGCAUGGCCAACGCCUUCAGCACCGUGUACCAGCUGGGAGGGCUCCCCGGCUUCUUCAAAGGCGUCCAGGCCCGGGUCAUUUACCAGAUGCCCUCCACGGCCAUCGCCUGGUCCGUGUACGAGUUCUUCAAGUACGUCCUCACCAAGCGCGCGCUGGAGAAAAGAUCAUAACAAACUCCUGGGCCAAGGGAGUGGGAGCCUCCCUGGGGCUCCUCCCGGGCGGCCCCGCUGGAAUUCUGCUGGAUUCACAUCCCCACAUCCCUUGGUGCUCGGUCACUGCGUGCCCCGGGGGUUCUGGGGAUUCCUGGUCACUGAGUGUGUCCCUGUCACUGAGUGCCCCAGGGAUUCCUGGUCACUGAGUGUCCCCAGGGAUUCCCAUGGUGUUUCCCAGGGAUUCCUGUGGUGCUCUUCAGGGAUUCCCGGUCACUCAGUGUCCCCCUGUCACCAGGUGUCUCCAGGGAUUCCCAGUCACUCUGUGUCCUCCAGGAUUCCCAAUCACUGAGUGUCCCCAGGGAUUGCUGGUCACUGGGUGUCCCUGGGGAUUCCCAUGAUGUUUCCCAGGGAUUGCCAUGGUGCUCCCCUGAGAUUCCCGGUCACUGAGUGUCCCCAGAGAAUGCCAUCGUGCUCCCCAGGGAUUCCUGCUCACUCAGUGUCCCCAGGGAUUCCUGUGGUGCUCCUCAAGGAUUCCUGGUCACUCAGUGUCCCCCCUGUCACCGAGUGUCCCAGGGUUUCCUGGUCACUGAGUGUCCCUGGGGAUUCCCAUGGUGUUUCUCAGGGAUUCCCAUGGUGCUCCCCUGGGAUUCCUGGUCACUCAGUGUCCCCUGUCACCCAAUGUCCCCAGGGAUUCCUGAUCGCUGUGUGUCCCUGGGGAUUCCCUGUCACCGAGUGUCCCCAGGGAUUCCUGUGGUGCUCCUCAAGGAUUCCUGGUCACUCAGUGUCCCCUGUCACCAAGUGCUCCUCAGGGAUUCCUGGUCACUGAGUGUCCUCCAGGAUUCCCAGUCACUGGUGUCCCUGGGACUCCUGGUCACUGAGUGUCCCCCUAUCACCAGGUGUCCCCAGGGAUUUCGAGUCACUGGGUGUCCCUGGGGAUUCCCCAUGGUGCUCCCCAGGGAAUCCCGGUCACUCAGUGUCCCCUGUCACCCAGUGUCCCUGUGGAUUCCCGGUCACUCAGUGUCCCCUGUGAUUCCUGGUCACUGAGUGCCCCUUUCCCUUAAACAACAACAACAACAACAAAAAAGAGUUUAUACAGACUUUGAUAUUAAUAUAUAUCUAUUUAAUAACUUUAUUUUGAAGCAGUGAAAUCUCAAGCUUCUCUUUUUCUGGAAAUAAGAUGGAAGAUGGAGUUUACUCCUUGCUGAAGGUUUAGGUUACCCAACCUAAGCUGAUUUUUUUUUUUAAUUUUAUUUUUUUAUUUUUACAGCAGAGAAACAAAAAUGUCCCGGCACAGAAGUUAAUUUUAUAUAAAUAUAAAAUAGCUGGAUAAUGUUUAUCCUUUAUUUUUCUAUGUAGGCAGUCAGGUGGUUUUAAAAUGCUUCUACAGCUGGGUGCAAAGCUGCUUUGAAAGGGCUCAGUUCUUCCCUCCUGUGAGGAAGACCCAAAAUCACUGAUUUUCUGGCCAGAUUGGCUUUAAUUACCCAGGUGUGGCCUGGCUUCUCCUGUGCGUGUCACGGUCCUUGGAAGCCCCUUGAGGGGACAAGGAAUGGGGACAUCACUUUGGCAGCACCUGGGCCAUCCCAAAAUCCCCUGGUGGGGAGAGGGGGAAAUCUCAAUUCCGUUUUCUACAACUCUUGAAGACGUCGAUUUUUAGCCGAUGUUGUUAUUUUGCAAUGUAAGCUUGCUGAAGGUACAUUUGCAUGGGAGGGACGGCUGACCAGCCCGCGUCCUCGCUGAGCUGAUCCCACGUUUUCCUCCCUGAGCCCUGAUCCCGUUCCAGGAGCUCUCCUGGGAUCCCCGGGGGUGCCCGGAGCUGCUCUGCCCCCAGACCCUGGAGCUGCUGUUUACAGAGCCCCUGGCAGCUCCGAACCAGCCCCAGAUCCUUGGGAAACCCCAGAGGCACCUCCAGCCCUCCCUGCUGCUCAGCCCUGUGCAGGAGGGGCAAAAACCCCACCUGGAAGGGGAAAAAUCCCACCUGGAGGGG